AUGAACAUUCUCGAGUACAUGUUUGGCAAGCGCAUGACGCCAGCAGAGCGUCUGCGCAAGAACCAGCGCAUGCUGGACAAAGCUAUCCGUGAAUUGGACCAGAUUCGAGUUAAGCUGGAGAAACAGGAGAAACAGUUGAUUACACAGAUCAAGCAGAGUGCCCAGAAAGGACAAAUGGGCGCUUGCAAGAUCCAAGCCAAGGACCUGGUUCGGACACGGAGGUAUAUUGAGAAGUUUUAUGGAAUGCGCAGUCAGCUGCAAAAGAUAUCUCUCAGGCUGCAGACCUACCGCACCAACGAGCAGAUGAUGCAGGCCAUGAAGGGUGCAACUGUGGCACUGGGUAGCAUGAACCGAUCGAUGAACCUCCCCGCACUUCAACGUAUCGCGAUGGAAUUCGAGCGUGAAAACGAUAUUAUGGAUCAGAGACAGGAGAUGAUGGACGACGCCAUCGAUGACGCCAUGGACGUCGGCGCAGAAGAAGAAGGCGAGGAGGUUGUAGAGCAGGUUCUAGAGGAGAUUGGAGUCGAUUUGACAUCAGCGCUCGGAGAAACGCCAUCCGGAAUGCAAAAUGCGGCGGUACCGGAAAGCAGGAUCGCUCAGGCAGUCGGCGGGGGCGGAGGCGCGGAUCCCGGCGACGACGACCUUCAGGCACGUCUGGACAGUCUCAGGCGGUAG